AUGGGCGCCCUGCUGUCCACCACGGAGGCCCUGGUCCCGCACUUCAGGAGCCUCGUCUCCGGCCUGCUCCCGCCCGCAUCCUGCGUCAUCUCCGACGUUGAGCACGUCCUGCAUGCGUCCAAGAAGAUGGGCCUUCGCUGCGUCACCUUCUGGACGACGAGCGCGUUCGCCUUCAUGGCGUCCCAGCAAUUGCAGCGGCUCGUGGAUGCGGGCAUUGUCCCCCUCAAAGAGGCUGAGCAGCUGAGGAAUGGAUACCUGGACGACACGGUUGUGGACUGGGUGCCGGGGAUGCCCAGCGACAUCCGCCUCAGAGACUUCCCGAGCUUCAUCCGCACCACGGACCCCGACGACGCCAUACUCAAAAUCAUCCUGAACGCAAUGGCGUGCCACAGGACCACUCCGUCCGCCAUCAUCUUCCACACCUUCGACGAGAUCGACCGCGAGGCCAUGGCGGCCAUGUCCACCAUCCUGCCACCGACCUACGCCGUCGGGCCACUGCCGCUCCUCCUCGGCCAAGUCUCUGGCGGCGGCGUGGUCGACACACUAGAAUCAAACUUGUCAAGGGUGAACCACGCCUCCCUAGAGUGGCUGGAGGGCAAGCGGCCAGACUCGGUGCUGUACGUGAGCUUCGGGAGCAUAGCGACGCUCACGAGCAGCCAGCUGGUGGAGUUCGCGUGGGGUCUGGCCAACAGCAAGAAGGACUUCCUGUGGGUGAUCAGAGACGAUCUAGUGAGCGACGGCGACGGCCCUGCCGCCGCCGUGCUGCCACCGGAGUUCCUGGAGGAGACGAAGGCGAGGAGCCACGUGACGAGCUGGUGCCCGCAGGAGGCGGUGCUCCGGCACGAGGCCACGGGCGCGUUCCUGACGCAGUGCGGGUGGAACUCCGUCCUGGAGAGCCUCAGCGCCGGGGUGCCCAUGCUGUGCUGGCCCUUCGGCGCCGACCAGUACACGAACGCGAGGUACGUCUGCUCCGAGUGGCGCGUCGGCGUGGAGAUCGGCGGCGAUGUCAAGAGGGGCGAGGUGGAGGCGGCCGUCAAGGAGGUGAUGGGAGGAGACGGGGGAAAGGAGAUGAAGAGAAUGGCCAUGGAAUGGAAGGAGAAGGCUGCCAUGGCUGCACUGCCUGGUGGGCCAUCUUGGGUAAAUCUGGAGAAGGUGGUUAAUGAGGUGCUUGCUGUGCAACCUAGCAAGAUCAGUGAUACUACGGGAUUAUGA